AUGGAAGAGGAAAAGAGCAACCUUGUUAAAUUCAGGAUACCUUAUGAUCCCCCAAAGCUAACGUUAAAACAAGAGCAAUUUCCUGGGUUAUCCAAAUUAGAGGCAGAUAUUUACUCAAAAUGGCCAUUGAUAAAAACGACAUGGCUGCACAACGGUCAAACUAUAAACUUGAAAGAGAAGGAAAUCAACCCAACACGCAAAGAAAGUUAUCAUUUCUCUCUGACUAUCCAACUGAAUACUUUUCAAAAAGAAGUGAAAGGUUUUUACAAAUGUGCCGCUUCAAGUUUGGCAGGAGAAGAUGAGAGUGAAGAAAUUUAUGUGAAUUUGAAUGAAGAACCACCGGUCGUGUAUCUGAAGAAGACAGUAAACAAACAUGAACAGAGUGUUACAUUCUGUGCAAAAAUUAAAUCGGGCAACCUGAGGAAAUCUGUGACCUGGAUGAAAAGUGGAGAAGUCCUUGACAUUUCCGAUACAAACAAAUAUUUUUCAUGCAACUUUCUAUACAUAGCCCAGAGCUUAAAAUUUAUUCAGUUGAAAAAAAGAUGA